AAGCUGGGAUCGACUGCUCCUGUCUGCAGCAGCUGCGCGUGCUCUUAGCCUUUAGCUUCAGAGUCCCGUAGAUCUCCCGGCAGGUAUAUCAGUGCUAUAAUACACUUUAUUAUACUACAGUGUAUUCUAUCAUAGUGUAUUCAAGUGUUCAGAGGUCAGAGAUGGCUGACUCUAAACUCUCUAAGAACCUGCUGCGCAUGAAGUUCAUGCAGAGGGGUCUGGAUGCGGAGACGAGGAAGCAGCUGGAGGAAGACGAGCGGAGGAUCAUCAGCGACGAACACUGGUACCUGGACCUACCAGAGCUGAGGGCCAGAGAGAACCUGAUCCUGGAGGAGCAGAGCCUGGUCUCCUGCGAGGACCUGAAGUACGGACGCUUCUCCUUCAAAGGCUUCAACCCAGAGGUGGAGAAGCUGAUGGUGACGAUGAACCCUAAAGAGGAAGAGGAGGAGAGACAGGAAGAGGAAGUGAGCCACAUGCAGACGGACGUGACGGACGAGGAGAUGGCCCUCAGGUACGAGAGUCUGGUGGGCAGCAUGAGGAAGAAGUUCACCAGGAAGAAGAACCAGGCCUCAGAGGAGGGGGACACCGAGAGGGUCUCCCUGAAGAGGGACCAGGCCUCAGAGGAGGGGGACACCAAGAGGGUCUCCCUGAAGAAGGACCAGGCCUCAGAGGAGGGGGACACCAAGAGGGUCUCCCUGAAGAGGGACCAGGCCUCAAAGGAGGGGGACACCAAGAGGGUCUCCCUGAAGAGGGACCAGGCCUCAGAGGAGGGGGACACCAAGAGGGUCUUCCUGAAGCCGCAGGACUGACUCCUUUAGAGGAACCAAAGGACAUGUUUGGAUGUUGUACAUCCUGUUUCUAAAGAGUCACAGUCUGAGCUGCAGGACGCAUUAAAUGCAGAGCCUGCGGUA